UUGAAGGGAAGAAUGCAUCUGACUGAACUGGUCGAAUCCAACAUAAACAGACUGAGCUGUCGUCAUACUGACACAUAAUUGCAGCUCUGUUUUGAGGAAGCACAGCACAGUUUUUGAGGUAGGCGAGUUUACCUUGAGGUUUAAGGUUUAGGACAAAGUUUCGGUUAAAAUAAGAGAAGUUUUGCGCCUCGGUAGGACAUAAUAGGAGGCAAUGACACAGGUGUGGUGCGUCGCUUUGAUCUGCUUCCUGGUCUCGGUACCUGUCCGAGGACAGGAAAGCCAGACAUGCAUCGGGGAAUUCGAAACUCUGCCGGACCACGGGCUUGAGCAGACAUUCUUCGACAACGCCGUGGGUCCCCUGCCGAACGUUUCCGAUGUUAAGGCCUGCCUGGCGGCGUGCUGCGCCAAGGAAGACUGUCAGCUGGCUCUUGUGGGGACCCCACAGGACGGACUGGCUCAGUGCUUCCUGGUCAGCUGCAUGGAGGAUGGGAAAGACGUGUGCAGCCUUCGGCCCCUGCAGGGUUUCACCGUCUACCGCAGGAGCCAGAUCUCCCAGAGAGCCGACAUCCCCAGCCUAGGUUCUACAGAGAGGUGCAGAGCCCCCAUGCUGGUGGGGCCCUGUCGCGCCGCCUUCCCCCGUUUUUACUACGACGCCACCAACCAGACCUGCAACCCCUUCAUCUUCGGUGGCUGCGGAAGCAACGGCAACAUCUUCACGACGGAAGAGGAGUGCAAGUCAACCUGCGACGGAGUCACAGCUGCUGUGACGCCCACUGCUGCUUCCUCAGGCCCGGUCGCCAGGAGGGUCGCCUUGGCCUAUGGUAAGCACCCACAGUCGAUGGCUAACCUGUACACUGUAGAGAUCAGGGCCAAGCUAGGGUGUGGAAUAAUGGAUGAUCCUGUUUUUAGUCCAUCCCAAGCCCCGAUUUCACUCUUCUCAUUAGGUGCCCAUGUAGUUAAGGUGAGUGUGUUUGGCGAUACAGUGCCUUGUUUUAUAAUCGCAUAUACCAAUGUUUUCCCAGCCAGUCCUUCCGAAGGUCCCCUUCCUACCAUGACGGAGGAUGAUUUUGCAGCGCAGUGCCAGGCAGAGCCGGUGUCCGGUCCCUGCCGCGCCUACAUGCCGCGGUUCUUCUACAACAGCACUACGCGCACCUGCCAGAGUUUCAUCUACGGGGGCUGCAGAGGCAAUAAGAAUAGCUACGCCAGCGCCAACGAGUGCCACGCCACCUGCACAGUGACAGUCAUCCCCAAUGCCAAGAAAGCCUCUGCACAGAAGCCCACUGAUGACCAAGAGGCCUGCACGGCAGCCUACAAGUCGGGCCCCUGCCGCGCCCACUUCCGCAUGUUCUACUUUGACCCCGCCACCCAGACCUGCAAGCAGUUUACCUACGGGGGUUGCCAAGGCAACGCCAACCGCUACGGCACAGAGGAGGAGUGCAUGGCAAAAUGCAGCGGGGCGGGGAAAGUGGAAGAGCAUGGACACCACCACAUGUCUCGCUGGACUCCAGCCUUCUUCCUGGUGGCGACGCUGGCCAUCAUGUCCAUCCUGCUCCUGGUGGGUCUCCUGCUGGUGUCCGUGCGGAAGGUGAGGUCCCACCGCCGCCACCGCCGGGACGACAAGGAGGAGCUGCUGCCCGAGGACCAGCUGGCCUCGGAGGUGCACGCCUAAGGAGGGGCACGCAGCAACCACCCAGCAAAGCCGUGUUCAUAAAGCGCUACCUUUUAUUGUACAGACAGGUCAUACUGCACCAUUAGGAGUAUAACGACAAAAACAACAGCAAAACUGCCUGACACAUGAAAAGGUCAAAUCUCACUACAUUCUGUAAUUUAUAUUCUUGGAGCUUCUUUUAUCGGUCACGCUUAAAAUCAGCGCUAAAUUUACUGUUGGCCACAGAUUUUGGGUUUAUCGAAUCUUCACGUGUGUGUCUGUUCUGGUCUCCGCCAUGAAAUGCAGUGGUCCAGCUGCUAAAAGGGAAUAAAUUCAGCUUUGAAUUCAGGCCUUGAUGAAUAAUGAAUGGUAAUGUCUGAGGUUAAAAAAGUUUAAAGGAGUGUUUGGUUCCCCAUUGUGAAAAGUGCGCCUGAAAAUCCUGCUUGGCAACAAAUUACAUGAGCUGUUAUCUAGACUUCGCCAGACUGCUGGACGCUCUGUAAUUGAUUAGAAAUGGCUGAGUGUAAAAUUUGAUGAAAUACGGGUACAGUCACUUUUUCAGAAGAGAACUGUGGCUGGAGAAUGGCAGGGCUUUCCCUUGGAUCCGAGAAUCAUUGAACCACGCCAAACCACACCAUAACAGGGGACCGCAACAUUUGACUGAACUCACCACUGCCUGCCACUAAGUGCAAAUGUUGCCUUUUCCUCUUCAAGAACGCUUGCAUUUAUGUGUCGGUCAGAACCAGGGACAAACGUGAAUUGUUUUGCGGAAGUAUAUUUUCAAAAGGAGAUAUUACUUUUAAAAUUCUAACAAAACAUUUAUAUCAAGAAUACAUUCAUAGGCAAAACAAUCAUAGCAGGAGCUGGACCCACAGAGUAUUCCAAACCACACGGGGCUCCCCUUUGUGCUUUUGGCCUGUACUGACCUAAUCCAGCUACGUGAAAA